CCGGAUCAGCUCAGUAUUUACUGCUGUACCUGACAACCAACUGCUCUGCUGCCUAAUUUAAUUUGAUACUGGUCUUGUUAUCUUUUCUGGCGAGGACCUAGCACAGUCCACAGCUUUGUUCUUUUCCUGGAUUAUUUUGGAGGAUUUUAAAGAGAGUGUGAUCUGAAAAUCAUGAGUCACCUCAACCCAGGACUUUUAUCAGCCUACAACAGCCUCACAGACAAACAUCUCACAGGAUAUUUCAGCAACACCCGAAUCAGGAGACAUCUGCAGAGAGCAGGACUGAUCACCAGAAGUGGGCGCAUCGUUCCAGACAGAGAAUACAGACAUAAGCUGAUCCAGGGAGCUCACCACAGGCACGUGCGAGAAUGCCUGGCUCAGGCCAUUUUCCACAAGGUGCUGGAGAUGGAGCGUCUCCAUCAAACAGAGAUUAAAAGGAAAAUGGAGGAGUUUGCAAGAAGGGAAUGGUUGGUCUUGUUGAAGGUGGAGCGCUCUAAAAGGUAUGAAGAAGAGAUCAUCCACAUCCUGUCUCCACAUCCACCCAAGGGUACAAGGGGCAUCCAAAAAGAGCACUCGGGGCCAGAGGGGGAGCACUCUGAAUCCUCUGAGUCUCUGGGAUCGUCUCGACCUAACACAGCUCCAGGGAAGAUGCAGAGGCCGGUGCGUCUAAAGCCGAUCAACAGCAACAGCGCCACAGCUUCUCUCAGACGCAGCUCCCCGUACAGAGUCAUUGAGCCCUCCAAUGAGAACAACCAGCCCUUCAACUGCACUAUGGACAAGGAGUCCUGGAGACAUCUGACCACAGCAGAGGCCUCCCGUGGCAUCUCACCCUACUGCCUCCCAGUCAUCAACAACUUUGUCACUCCAGUGCCUCCAGUUACAAAGAAAAAAGAAGGGGGGUUAAAGGUCACUCGCAGCAGCACACUCAGAGGCCGCAGACUGCGCCCUACCACUGUCUCCAGUGGAGCUGAUGUCAGCGAGGACCACCCCCUGCUGAGGAGCUCUGUACACCAGAGCAGAGUGUGUGUGAAAAUGGUGUACUUUGGCAAAACGGUGCAUCUCGCCCACGACCUCAUCGAUAUGAGGGAUGAGGUCAAAGUGUUUCAGCAGCACUGUGGAGGACAGAACCUGUGUGUGUACAAAGGCAGGCUCCUUGAGGGAGAUACUUUCCAGUUCAUUUCAAGGAGACACCGAGGUUUCCCCUUCAGUUUGACAUUCUUCCUGAACGGGCUGCAGGUGGAGCGGCUCAGCUCCUGCUGUGAGUUCAAACACAGGAAAGGCUCCAGGCUCGGUGGCAGGAACGGGCACUUUGGCCUGUCUGGUGUCGAAGGGGCCUCUCCCUGCUACAAGUGCAUUAUCACCAUGGGACUGGACAAAAAGCCCAUACCUCCACCAAGAAGGGCCAAAGAGGACAGAGAAAGAGAAGAGUCGGUCACCAGCCCACAUGAAUCUCCUGAGAUGGAGAGAGAGACGACUGGAGAUGAUGAGCUCUCCUCUUCAGAUUAUGAAAUGAGCCAGCAACAGGACACAGCAGCUCAAGUCAAUGAAGAAAGAGCAGCUGAGGAGCAUAAAGUCAGAGAUGAUUAUGAAGCAGACUUUGAAGAAGAUGAUGAGGGCCCUGCAAAAGAUGCUCAGGUGAAAGAAAAGAAAUCCCCAUCUCCAUCCAGUGAAAGUGAGAGGCAGGUUCAAGAGAGAGAAGCCUCUGAGACUGAAGACGACAAGAAGGGUGAAGAUAUAAAAUCUCGUUCAGGCUUCAGCUCCUCAGGCAGCAACCGGGAAGAGAGUGACACUGAAGCCACACAAGACUUGAGAGAGGACGAGACAACCAAGCAACCUGAAGAGGUCGAUCCAGAGGAAGAUGUCACUCCAACAGACAAACCAAAUUCAGAAGAAGCCGCUGAGUCUGCCAUGGCUAAAGACUCAGAUACACCAGGCAGUGCAGGGGACAGCACAGAGAUCCAUAUCUCUGACACCAGCGUCCCCUCAGGGAACGAGAACAAACAUAGUGGCGACACCUCAGGUGACACAGAGGCUGAGAAAAUGGUAGAUGAGAGCAAACAAGAGGACGAACAGGAGAGGGGUGAGUAGAAGCCAACAGAUCCGGCCGUGGAGCUUUCGCGUGAGUGAGAACAUGGAUCAGUCCAUCUCGUAUGGAGUUUUUUCCACUAUUAUCACAACCGGGGCUUGAGUGAGUGCACCUUAUGUGAGUCAGGAGCAGGUGUGUGUAUGUAACUAGAGUGCCACAGUAACAGAGCCCUGACUAAACAAUUACUGUCACAGCAUGUUCUCUCAUUUUAAUAGUGGAAAAAUUCCUUUCAUUGUACUUUUUUCUUAUAUUUUCUCCAGUGUGUUGUGA